GUGCUCGAUGUGCUUGUAGAUCUCAAGGAGAUCGCGUCGCUGAUCGAGACGGGGGCGUAUGCCAAGGAGGUGCGGCGGAUCGUGCGCGCCGUGCGCCUCACGAUCAUGCUCCGCCGCAAGCUCAGGGCUCCCGUGGUCUCCUCCUUCCUCGCCGUCGCCCUCCCCCCUGGAUCCGACGCGCACACGCGGCUCUCCUCUUAUGUCCCCAAGGAAGACGAGCAUGAAAUGGAUGUUGAUACAGCGACUUCAGCAGCUCAAGUUCCUGCUAAGCAUCCCCUGCCAGAGCUAGAGAUCUACUGCUACUUGCUUGUGCUGAUAUUUCUAAUCGAUCAGAAGAAAUACAAUGAGGCUAAAGCUUGUGCCUCGGCAAGCAUUGCUCGCCUUAAGAACAUUAACAGGAGAACAGUUGAUGUUUUGGCCUCCAGGCUCUAUUUCUAUUAUUCUUACAGCUAUGAACUUACAAACAGUCUUGCUGAAAUUCGUGGGAAUCUCCUUGCACUGCACAGGAUGGCCACAUUACGUCGCGAUGAGCUCGGCCAGGAAACGCUUCUCAAUCUCCUACUUCGCAAUUAUCUCCAUUACAACUUAUAUGAUCAGGCAGAGAAGCUCAGGUCAAAAGCACCACGUUUUGAGGCGCACUCCAAUCAACAGUUCUGCCGCUACUUGUUCUACUUGGGAAAGAUCAGGACCAUUCAGUUGGAAUACACUGAUGCAAAAGAGAGCCUAUUGCAAGCUGCUAGAAAGGCACCUUCCACUGCCCGAGGCUUCCUUAUCCAGUGCAACAAAUGGGCUGUUAUUGUCCGUCUACUUCUCGGAGAAAUUCCGGAGAGAACUGUUUUCAUGCAGAAAGGCAUGAAAAAGGCUUUGAGACCCUAUUUUGAGCUUACAAAUGCUGUUCGCGUGGGUGACUUGGAGCUGUUCAGGACUGUUGCGGACAAAUUUGCAAGCACUUUCAGCUCGGACCGGACCCACAACCUAAUCGUGAGGCUUCGGCACAACGUGAUCCGAACCGGUCUCCGCAACAUCAGCAUCUCUUACUCCCGCAUCUCCCUUCCUGACGUGGCGAAGAAGCUGAGCCUGAACUCUGAAAAUCCUGUUGCCGAUGCCGAGAGCAUCGUAGCCAAGGCCAUCCGUGACGGCGCGAUUGAUGCCACCAUCGAUCACGCGAACGGCUGGAUGGUGUCAAAGGAGACUGGCGAUGUUUACUCGACCAACGAACCCCAAAUCGCUUUCAACUCUAGAAUCGCCUUCUGCCUUAAUAUGCAUAACGAAGCGGUGCGGGCCCUCAGGUUUCCUCCUAAUUCGCACAAGGAGAAGGAGACGGCGGAGAAGAGGAGGGAGAGGCAGCAGCAGGAGCAGGAGCUCGCGAAGCAUAUUGCCGAGGAGGAUGACGACGAUUUCUAAGCUGGCUUCUGUGCCCUCUACUUUCUGAGAAACUUUUCUGAUCUCCGCAGUUGGGAGUUGCAGAAUUUUCUAUCGACUGUUGUUUUAAAUCAAAAACAAAAUGUUUUGACACAACAUUUUAUGUAUUUCGGCUUACAUUUAUGCUUGAAUUCAUAUUGGUGGAGUCGCUAGCGGUUCGCUUUUCGAUUGUGUUGCAGUAGUUAAGUUGCAGCUUGAAUACGGAA